AUGGAGUCUUUCUUUACUCUUUUGCAUGUAGUUAUAGCCAUUAUUAAUAUUUCCAGGGCUAACGAGACAACUUGUGUCCUACGUGGAGAGCCUACAUACCCACAUCUAUGGAAGGACGGUGAUAUCAUAGUUGGAGCAAUUUUUCCCUUCCACAGUACCUGGGAGAGCACAGAUUUGUCCUAUUUGGCUAUGCCACAGCCAAUGAAGUGCUUAAGUCUGGAUUUCAGAGCUUUCCAGUAUUCACAAUCCUUGAUCUUUGCAACAGAGGAGAUCAACAACAGCUCCUCCUUACUGCCUGGGGUCUCGUUGGGUUACAAGAUCUUCGACACGUGUGGUUCCACAGCACUGGGGGUUAAAGUGUCAAUGACACUUAUGAAUGGAAAUGAAAAUUCAUCCUCUGAUGAAUCCUGUACAAAACCAGCUCAGGUCCAGGCUAUUAUAGGAGAGACAUACUCAUCAGUAUCCAUGGGUAUAGCAAAGAGUAUCGGACCCUUCAGCAUGCCCUUAAUCAGUUACUAUGCCACAUGUGAGUGUCUCAGUGACAAAAGGAAAUAUCCCUCAUUUCUGCGUACUGUGCCCAGUGAUUACCAUCAGAGCAGAGCACUGGCAGAGAUGGUCAAGCACUUUAACUGGACCUGGGUUGGAGCAAUAAGAAGAGAUGAUGACUAUGGUAACAAUGGGAUGGCUGCAUUUACUAAAGAGGCUGAGCAGUUGGGAAUAUGUUUAGAAUACAAUCUUCCAUUUUUUAGAACCUACUCACAAGAAAAGGUUCUAAGAAUAGUUGAAACAAUCAAAAGCUCCACGUCCCGAGUGAUUGUGGGAUUUCUAACACAGUGGGAUGUAGAGAUUUUGGUCGAGUUAUUUUCUCAUCACAACAUCACUGGAUAUCAGUGGGUUGGAACUGAAGGAUGGAUUGCAGAUCCUGUAGUAGCCACGCUGGACAAACACAACAUACUACAAGGAGCCAUAGGGCUGGCGAUUCCUAAAACAACAGUGACCGGUCUGCAAGAUUUCAUUCUAGAUAUAAAACCACUCAAAUCUGUAGGCAGUGCCAUUUUUACUACAUUCUGGGAGGCUCUGUUUAACUGUAAAUAUACGACACAGAAUGAUUCAGAGGAACUACCAGCAUGUACAGGUGAAGAGAAGAUCUCAGAAAUGAAAAACACCUUCACUGAUAUGUCACUGAUGCCCAUUUUUAGUAAUGUGUAUAAAGGAGUGUAUGCCAUUGCACAUACUCUACAUGACCUUCUUGGCUGCAAUCAAACAUGCCGUACCAAGAAACAGCCUGAUCCUCAAACUUUUCUUGAACAUCUCAAAAAGGUGCGUUUUAAAACCAAAGAGGGUGAAGAAGUUUAUUUUGAUGAAAAUGGUGACCCCCCAGCAAAAUAUGAAAUCAUAAACUGGCAGCUGAAUAAAGAAAAACAAAACGAAUUUGUCACUGUUGGACUUUAUGACUCCUCGGCUCCUGCUCUCCAUCGAUUAUCAGUAAACAUGACCUCUAUCGUGUGGGUGCAAAAUACAAAGCAAGUACCAAAAUCUGUAUGCCAAGAAAGUUGCCCACCAGGAACGAGAAAGGCUGUGAAAAAAGGAAAACCGAUCUGCUGCUUUGACUGUAUACCGUGUGCUGCAGGAGAGAUCAGCAAUAUGACAGACUCUGUUGAAUGUGAGCAGUGCAAACAAGAUUACUGGUCAAAUCUAAACAAGGAUGAAUGCGUACAAAAGGAGGUUGAAUAUUUAUCCUAUGAGGAAACGAUGGGAAUUUUGCUCACUGUAGUUUCUAUUGUUGGUGCAUUUCUGACAAUGUUAAUAGCGGUGAUAUUCUUCAGAUAUAAAGAUACUCCGAUAGUCAAGGCCAACAACUCUGAGCUGAGCUUCCUGCUGCUCUUCUCUCUGACUCUGUGUUUCCUCUGUUCACUUACUUUCAUCGGUCGACCCUCGGAGUGGUCCUGCAUGCUGCGCCACACAGCGUUCGGGAUCACCUUCGUCCUCUGCAUCUCCUGUGUUCUGGGUAAAACAAUAGUGGUGUUGAUGGCGUUCAGAGCGACACUUCCGGGCAGUAACAUCAUGAAAUGGUUUGGGCCUCCACAGCAGAGACUCAGUGUUCUUGCUUUUACUUUAAUACAGGUCAUUAUUUGUGUGUGUUGGUUGAUAAUAUCUCCUCCUUUUCCCUUCAAAAAUUUAAAUUACUACAAAGAAAAGAUUAUUCUUGAAUGCAACUUGGGAUCAAACGUGGGUUUCUGGGCUGUUCUGGGUUAUAUCGGGAUUUUGGCUCUUCUAUGUUUUGUUUUGGCUUUUCUGGCUCGGAAACUGCCUGAUAAUUUUAAUGAAGCCAAAUUUAUAACAUUUAGCAUGCUCAUGUUCUGUGCAGUUUGGAUCACUUUUAUUCCAGCGUAUGUCAGUUCACCUGGUAAAUUUACUGUAGCUGUGGAGAUUUUUGCCAUUUUAGCAUCAAGUUUUGGUUUGCUGUUCUGUAUUUUUCUUCCAAAAUGUUACAUAAUCAUCCUGAAACCUGAGAAGAACACCAAAAAACAGAUGAUGGGAAAGGUGCCACCUAAGUAA